ACUUGACGCGUCGACCCUCCUGGUUGCAACAACAACCCUUGGAAUAUACCUGUACGCUACUCUGAGCCCGCCAACUCAUAAACACAAGAUUUUUCCAUUGGAUGAAGGCAUAUUCUACUUGAUAUUGUAUAGGACUUGCGACUUCAGCAGCAUGGAUUUGCCGCCAGAUUAUACCGCCAUCAAGGAUAUUGAUAGCAAAUUUGGCGGGAGUGGGAGGCCCACCGUUAACAUCAUUGGAAUCCUAACCGAGAUCAUUGAGCCGGCAAAGUCAAAAGGCGAUGACUGGUACCUAUCUUUCUCCGUGCGAGACGAUGAUUUUGCUUCUCAGUGGAGAACCGAUCCAUCAUUUAUCCGCUGCAGGUUAUUUCGUCGAGAACGUACGCACCUGCCCACUGGGAAGGUCGGGGACCCGGUGAUUGUGCGUGGCGUCCAGGUCCAUCUAUAUGAUGGUGUGAAGGAAGGUGUAUGCACGUCACGGCAGAGUCAGGUUCUCUUUUUCCCAGCGGACAAGGUCCCAAUACCCGAGCUGAGCACUGCCUACGGAUAUGGCGGGCAGUCAAAGCUGCCUUUCAAUGGCAGCCUUCAGUUGAGCGGGAACCGUGAGGCGACCGCACCAUCCAUUUUAGAACAGCUGGCCAUAAUAGGGAUCAAGGCAAAAGCCGCCGCUUGCGGAACGGUGCUCAAGCAAGCAGCCAAACCUAUUGCUGUGUCGAAGCCUCGGGAUCGACAUUCGUUGAUCAAAGAUGUCCAACUCGAUAAUUUCUACGAGCUUGUCGUAGAAACCGUCAAGAUUUACUCGGUCCAUGAUGGAGCCGACGGCGUCGACCUGUACGUCUCCGAUUACACCACAAACAAAGCCCUCUUUCUCUACGAACCUCCAGAUACGAAUCCCUCGAGUAAGUGGCAAGGCCCGUUUGGCCAGGUUACCAUGAGUGUUAGACUUUGGGAGCCGCACGCAUCCUGGGCUCGACAGGAUCUUCGCGAAGGUGACUGGAUCAGGCUCAAAAAUGUGCGCAUCAAAUCGUCUCCUGCGAACAAAAUCGAAGGAAGUCUGCACGCGGAUCAAACGUACCCAGAUAAGAUUCUAAUUAGUAAGCUUGACAAGUCUCAUGACGCAGAAUUUAUGCAGGAGCUUGGUGCACGGAAGAGGGCGUACCUAGAAAAGUAUGAGCGAGAGGAUACUGCUGCUGAGCCUGGUGGCCAUGCAACGAAAGCUUCCGCUAAAGCUGCGGCGAAGAAGAAAUCAGCGAGGAAGGCUAGAGAGCGGCAGAGGAAAGAAGAAGAGCAGCGCCAGCUGGAGAAAGAAGCAGAGGCCCAGGCCGUAGCGCGGUCUAACAUCAAUGGUCAUGUCAUCGCUUCACAUCCGGAAAUCCGUCUAAGCAGCAUUGACGAGAUCCUGGACGACUCCCAUCGCACAAUGCAGACCAGAGACGGUGGCCAGCUUGUCUUUCCAUUCGUCAAUGCGAAGUAUCGCACCCGUGUCAGAGUCGUCGAUUUCUUCCCGCACGACCUUCACGAUUUCUCGCGAUGUAUGGAUGAUCCAACUUGGAAUACGCCUCUGUUGGAUCAGGACCGGGCUCAUGGACGCCGCGAUGAUCGGUGGCAGUGGGGAUUUGUGCUAUUUGUGGAAGACGCAACUUCAACGAGGCCCACGCCUCAGCGAAUACCAUUAUUCGUAUUCAAUGAUUCCGGGCAAUAUCUUUUGAAUAUCGAUGCGAUUGAUCUAAGGAAUGACGCAAGGGGCCGUACUAUGGCAACACUGGAGGAGAAACUUUUCAUCCUCUGGGGUAACUUGCUGGAAUUGAAACGUGAUUUGGCGCCGAGCGGGGUGAAGUUUCCUUUGCCCACGCGCGACCAACGACUUUCCAACAAGCCUUUUGAAUGCUGCAUUGAGGAGUACGGCGUACAGGUAGAGCCAUCUCCUCAGUGGCCCACGGGGUGGCAGCGCAUCUACAAGCUCGCAUCUACUCUUAUCAGAGUCUAGUUCUCAUUUCAGGGCCAAUACCUGGCGCUUAGAGCACGAGCUGUUUCCUGUGUGUAAGAUAUCCAGCUCGCAACCCUCCGUCUAGCCGUCUGGUCAGGUAUGGCUUCCAUGGUCCAUUCCACGAGACAGGAGGACUCGCAAUUUCGAUCUUUGAAAAUGCAUAAACAAUGUUUUCUGAAAACCGGGCCCACCUGACUUCCCUAGCGUCUCCUGUAACGA